UUCUCUCUGCAAACUCUCUUCUGUCCUCAGGCAAACAGUGAAUUUCAGAGAUUCAUCAUGAGACAUCUUGGUUUUCUUCUGUUACUUUCUUCUGUAUGUUUCUUUGCUUUGAGUGAAGUUGUAGAUAAUAAUUUUAGUAAAUGCAAGGAGUUCUUUUUGAACAAUGCACCUCCUGUCUUCACACCACCAGUGGGCGGCUCAGUCAAGUCCAUCUGUCAGUGUCUUUGGGAUGACAAUGAUGAACAAAUUUAUCUUUAUGCAACUUUGUACAGCACAACCUGGAAGAUCCCCGUCUACUCCGCGUAUGUGUUUCGCGAAAGCAAAAAUAUUGGGAGAUGUGACCCAUGGUACACUGAACCUCAGCUGGAUGGAGAUUCUGAACCAUGUAUGCGGCCUGAAGGCUACAGUAAAAAUAUUGGCAUUAAUCAGGCUGUUAAAAGUGAUUAUAAGAAGUCCAAAGUUUAUGACAGAGGUCACCUCUAUCCUGUGCUCCACACUGACAAUCAUCUGUCAAUGCUGGCCACAUCCACACUGACCAACGUGGCUCCGCAGGAUUCAGAUUUCAAUAAGAACGCAUGGCUGGGACAUGAGAGAUCUGUACCUGAAGAUCUGAAAUCCUGUGUUAAGGCUUAUGUGGUGACUGGUGUAGUUCCUAACACACAAACCACAAUGAAUAAUAGAGUCUAUGUGUCACAGUAUUACUGGAGAGCCACCUGCUGUCUGAAAAACAAUCAUUAUAGAGGGAAGGGCUAUUUUGGACCGGACAACAAAGGCCAAGUGGAGGUAUUAACAAUAAAUGAGCUUCAGAACAAGCUCAGUUGUUUUCACCGAAUACAAAAAAUACAAAUUUUUCCAAGUUUACCACCGCUAAAUCCAGCAGCAAAAAUAACCAAAUCUAUAUACACAUGUAACUAAAAAACUGCACCUAAUCCAGUUCCAUUGCAGCUA